AUACUACAACUUAAAAUGUAGCGACUGACUGAACGAAAGACCAAGCGCAUUUUGGGCGUAUAGCCGGCCAAGGAGAUUAAAUCAUGAAGCUUGUGAUUAAUUCAUAAGAGAAACAAUAUCAUGACCGUCGCUAACUCCUCCGCAGGUUCUGUAAAGGGUGGCAAUGAGAAACAGAGAUUAGGUUUGCCAUUGCCGCCAUUAUCAACCAUUCUUUAUCACUUUGGUACAAGUGGGAUUUCGGUUGCGACCGCUACCACCAUUACUCAUCCUUUAGAUGUUCUGAAAGUAAGGCUUCAAAUGCAGUUUAUUGGUCAAAGAGGACCUUUAACUGGAAUGGGACACAUCUUUACGCAGAUACUGAAAAGAGAAGGGUUGAGCGGAUUGUACCUUGGGUUGACACCUGCAUUGACAAGGUCAGUUUUGUAUGGAGGAUUGCGUUUGGGGUUGUAUGAACCUUCAAAAUAUGUGUGUGAAAUGGCAUUUGGAUCUACAAAUAUCCUUCUUAAAAUUGUAGCUGGAGGCCUUGCUGGUUCUGUUGCCACUGCAUUGACAAAUCCUACUGAAGUUCUGAAGGUUCGCUUGCAAAUGAAUUCAGGGACCAACAGAGGUGCUAUAAGGCAAAUGCGCAGAAUCGCUUCAGAAGAGGGUAUAACUGCUCUUUGGAAGGGUGUUGGUCCUGCUAUGGCAAGAGCUGCUUCCUUGACUGCAUCACAGCUAGCAACGUAUGAUGAAUCUAAGCGAGCUUUGACAAGAUGUACUUCUCUUAAAGAAGGAUUUUCUCUGCAUCUCAUGUCAAGUACUAUAGCUGGUGUUACAAGCACUCUGGUCACGGCUCCCAUGGAUAUGAUCAAAACGCGUCUAAUGUUGCAAAGGGGAUCAAGUGGCAGGAACUAUAAGAAUGGAUUUCAUUGUGCCUACCAGGUCAUCCGCACAGAGGGUCCUCUUGCUCUUUACAAAGGGGGAUUUACGAUUUUUGCACGGUUGGGUCCACAAACUACAAUUACCUUUGUACUUUGUGAAAAGCUCCGUGAGCUCUCGGGACUCCGUUCCAUUUAGUUCAGGCGUUUUGAUCAAAUUUCUGGCGUAACCUGUUCCAAAUUAGAUUAGACAGGAUUGUUUUUGUCCAUUUUAUUUGGUGAUCUGAAGGGGAGUGACGAGAACAGCUCCUACACAGUUUUGCAUAGUCUGAUCACGUAAUAUUCUUUGAACAUAAGUUUUCUUUUGUCUAAGAUGGAAUGUUGUUUUAAACUUAAUUUUGAUUCAUGUUAUAUCUCAUUGAGUAUCCUUGGCUACUCAAUUUGUAAUUUAAUUACUAUGAGUUGGGACAUGAAGAGCAACUGUCAUGAUGAACUGUAUUGAUCUGUCCGUGCUUGCUGUAGCACCAAUAAAAGCAGUAGUUGCUGAUC